GAACAACAGCCACCACAGAUGCCUACAGCACCAGCGCAGGCAGUUUCCACAGUAGAAUUUGGAACAACUACAAUUGCCUCAGUCACAACCACAGGCCUCAACACCUACAGGAAGUACAAGCAAGAGCAGAAAGCAAAGUACAACACAGGAAGCACCAGUGAGACCAGAAGAGACAAAGGAUACACGGGACAAGCUACAGGCCAAGAUUUCAGGAUCUACAGCUCCAGCUACACUGCCAGGAGCUACACCCGAGACCGCCUUGGGCACAUCCUGAUCUACAACGGUGACGAGCUCUACAAGGCUGAAUUUGUGAAGUACAUGGUUGGAUACUGUUACAGUUCUUUUACAACGGUGUCUGACUACAUGCGAGACACUAUCGCCCAGGCGAAGGCGGGAGUUGUGGAAAAGGAAGGACACAUUGAGCAAACACAUUCCACGACCACCGAGUCCUCCGAGGAGAAGACCACGUACCACGUACAGUACACCACUAAGGAGGCCCACCAAUCCCAGGCGAACACAGGCCAGGGAAACCUCAGUGUCAUCUUCGCCAAGGCCGGGACUUUCAAAUAG